AUGCGGGUGCAGAAGCGUAUUAAAGAAACAAAGAGGGAUUAUGAGAACAAACUGGUGGCCAAUAUAAAGAUGAAUCCUGAAGUCUUCUGUAAGCACUUCAAUAGUAAAAUUGUGGCUACAAGAAAAGAGCUUCAUAAUAUAAACAUGACAUUGUGGAUUAUUUUCCUGAUCAGCACAAGGCUUGUCAUCGAUAUUACAGCUUCCAAUAUUCAGAACUUAUUGGGUGUGUUGAAGAAGCGACAAACGUUAGAACAACUUAAUUCAGAAAACAAGAAAGUUAUGAAUCCUUAUCAUAAUCUUGAACAGACACAACCUCCAUUCCAUGAGCUGCUAUGCCAACAAUAUGUGCCACGUGGCCACCUUACUUCCAUUCAUGGGAAUGAACAGAACCAGUUUAUUCAAAAUCUAAUUAAGACUAAGGACCAAACACAACCUGAAACCUGGAUUGGUUUCAGUGAUUGCUAUCAGGAGGGUCUUUUCCUGUGGAGUGAUGGAUCGCUUUCAGAUUUCACGCAAUGGAAGGAAGGCCAGCCUGACAAUAUGGAAGAAAAUGAGAACUGUGUGCACAUCAAUUCUGAAGGUGUUGGAGGUAAAUGGAGUGAUAAGAACUGUACAGAAGAAUUACCUUUUGUUUGUACUUACAAGCUUGUCUAA